UUAAUGGCGGCAAGCGCGAAAAUCAAAAUACGGUGAAAUUACACUGAAAUCAUUGUGAAUUUAUGUGAGUUGUUACCGUUUUGUCUACAGUUCUAUGUUUACAACAAGCUGUAUAAAUAGGUAAUUAUGUCUGAGAGUGUAAGUGGCUCUGAUAGUUCCACUGGAAAAGAUAAUUCCAGUGCAUUUGAAGGUGAUGAUGAAGAAGUAAAGGACACUUCUGUGAAGAAGAUUCCACAAAUUGAAGAUUUUUCAUUCAUUAAACCAAUAAGCCGUGGAGCAUUUGGGAAAGUAUUUCUUGGAUGUAAAAAAGAAAACCCAGAAAAACUCUAUGCAAUCAAAGUUAUGAAGAGAGAUUAUAUGAUUAACAAGAAUUUAAUUCGUCAAGUGAUGAUGGAAAGAAAUGCUUUGGCUGUGUCUCGAAGUCCAUUCAUUGUUCAGCUCUACUAUUCUCUUCAGUCAAACAAGAACAUAUUUCUGGUAAUGGAAUAUAUGAUUGGCGGUGACAUGAAGAACUUACUGUCAGUGUGUGGUUACUUUGAUGAACACAUGGCUAUUGUUUACGUUGCAGAAGUAACUCUUGCAUUGGAAUUUCUCCACAGUCUGGGAAUCAUUCACAGAGAUCUGAAACCUGACAACAUGCUGAUUUCCAAUGAGGGCCAUAUUAAAUUGACUGAUUUUGGUUUAUGUGAAGUCACCAUUAAUACAACUAAAAUGAACCAAGAAGUGUUUCAUUGUUCAAAUAGUCAAGAAUGGUUGGAGAAAUGCCACUUGACUCCUGGCCAGAUUCUUUCCCUGACAAGUUCUUUGGGUUUUUCUGCACAAAAGUCUAAAAUGAAGUCCUCCAUGCAAGAAGGAAACGAUGAAGUGAACAACAUCAACUCACCAGUUAAUGAUUGUAGUUUUCACAAAGAUUACUCUAUCACUGCUGCUACUCAAAAGUUCCAUGAAGUACUGCCUGUGUGUCGACUUAAAGACAUUAUAAGCCCCCACAACUGUCCUGCAAAACAAGCUUCUCAACCAAACAGCAGUCAGUCUGAGAAUAUUUUUUCUGACAGUAGACAGGAAGAGUUCAGUGACAGUGUGUUUCUGAGUACCUGCAGCAGUUUUGAUGAAACUACUUCACCUGUACAAGAAAACAACACAAAGUCUUCUGAUUGUAAACCUGCUUCGGAAUUAAAACAGUGUCACAACUCAGAUAAAGCUCUGUCAGAUUCCUUUGUCUCUUCCCAGAGUGAAACUAGUGUUUCACUGCCUGACAGAAAAUGCUGUAAUCUCUCCUCCCUGCCAGUUAAUUCUGUGCUACAUAACACUGAAUGUUCACAAGGGAACAUCCUACAGAGUAUACCACUGUCAAGGAAAAGAAAAUCUUCACAUCGUGAAACUUCACCACAGCUAAUUUCAGAUCAUUGCAGAGCACCUGAGAAUGGAAUGGAAAUUGCUAGUGUGCCUUUGAAGACUUUGCAGAAUAAAGUACGCUUUUCCCACUUAAACAGCACACCUGUCAGCGCUAGAUCUGCUUCUGCUAGUGAUUCAUCAAGAAACAAUCUUAAGAAGACCAACUCAAAAAGGAGACAAUCUAAAAAAAAUAAUACAUUUCGGAGCCGAUUGAGAAAGGCCUUUGAGCACAUCCAGAAUAAUGAAGGUUCUAUACAAGGCAAGACCAACCUCACUCAACAGAUGGACUGUUUUUCUCCGUUCAGCGAGUCUUCAAGAAUGAAAAGACCUAGAUGUGUGAAGUCAUUAGAAUCUGAUGUUGGUGAGGAAUCGCACAUUAGUGUAAACAAGACAGGAGAAAGACACAGCGAUGCUGAACUGGGGCUUCAGAAGAGAUUGCAGUUUAAUGAAUCCCCAUUAAUAUUUCACCACCAUAGUUGGGCCUCCCUUGGUGCCACAAGUCAAAAUUCUAUCUUGACAGAUACAUCUAGAAAUUUAGAUGAUUCAAACACAUCAAAUUCUUUUAAGACUUGUGACUCAAAAGCUUUUUUUUCUAACUCAAAUACUGCUGAUUCAUGUACUUCAUCUACGUGGAAUUGGCACAAACUAGAAGCUCUUGUGACUCCUCUUACAUCAAAGAACCAUGUUCAGACAGGCCAAGUUCAGAGUUGUCAGACUGAAAGCAAAUCCCACAGAAUACAGCGAUUCACAAACUCAGACAUCCAUUUUCGAACUCCUGAACUGAGGAAUCUCAAAUCGAGACUGUCAGUUCGAACCCCGCACGAUGUUGAAACACAUGGUGAAACAACUCCUUUACGAACACCUAAGAGUGUGCGACGGUAUCGCAGUCAACCGAGAAAACAUCGUGUUUUAGGCACCCCUGAUUAUUUAGCACCAGAGAUUCUCAUGCAGCAAAAACAUGAUGAAGCUGUUGAUUGGUGGGCUCUCGGUGUGUGUAUGUUUGAAUUUCUCACUGGUGUGCCACCAUUUAAUGAUUCAACACCUGAAAGUGUAUUUCAAAAUAUCCUCAAUCGAGAUAUUCCUUGGCCUGAAGGAGAUGAGGUAUUAUCAGAAGAAGCCUGUGCUGCCAUUCAGAGCCUUUUAACCAUGAAUCCUGAUAAAAGACCUCGAGCAAUUGGUGUUAAAAACAUGAAGAUUUUUGAGAAUGUGGCUUGGGAGAAACUCCUUGAACAACCAGCUCCCUUCCAACCACAACCAAGUGACGAGACAGACACAACAUAUUUUGAAGUGAGAAACAACUUACAGAAUUUGGUUGUAUCAUCGGUGGACCUUUGAAAUCCUUGAACUGGCACCAACACAAGUAAUCUGUUCAGGAAUAUUUUUUGUAAAAUCCUGUGUAAAAUAAAUCUACAAAACAAGAACAGAAGAAAUGCCUAAUGGUGGACUGUAUUUUGCCAAAAUAUCCUUCUUUGGGUAGUGUUUUUCAUAAUUUUCUUUAAAAUG